AAGUAGAUAUCGUUAAUGUAUUCGAAGGCAAUCGUUAAUCGAUUUAAAAAAUAAAUAAAAAUAUACGAUACUGGAAUGUCAUAUAUAAAAUACAAUUAAAUAAGUAAUAUAAUUACUCUUUCGUUUUGUAUAAAGCAAGGCCAUCAUCAAUAUCCGGUUAAACGCCUAUCAAGAAAAUCUGCGUUGGACAACAUUGCGUGACUUAUGACUACAAAAAAAGUAUGCACAAUCCCGAACCUCUCUAGCUUGCUAGCAGAACGAAUUCAAAAGAAAACGACUGGAAAUCGAAUCGAGUAAAAGGGAAUCUAGUCAAGAAAUUCUCACGAUGAUAGGUAAGGAUUCCACAACAUCAGACGCUCCCGAAAUGCAGGUGGCGGGCACAGCAACAACAGAAGUGGCGACACCGCCAGAAUAUGGCAGAGAUCAAGCGGAAGAUGUGGAUGAUGAGGGCGAAAACGACGAUACGGAUGCAGUUGCGGAGGCCUCUGCUUUGGAGGCCGAGGAGCGAGAGGAACUGCAGCAGUUUAUCAACGAACUCCGUGAGAAGAUCGAGAGCAAGCGACAGCUGCGUCUCCAAAACUCUACAUUCGAGCUGCCUGGUGAGGAGUACUUUGCUAAACUGGACUCCAACCUUAAGAAAAACACGGCGUUUGUCAAAAAACUUAAGCUGUUCACAACGACUCAACUGGAUGGACUGCUGCGUGAGCUAUCCGCCUUAAAUUUAAGCAAGUACAUUUCGGAAAUAUGUGCCGCACUAGCCGAUGCUAAACUAAAGAUGACCGAUGUACCGGCGGUGGUGACUUUAGCCUCCCGCCUUCACUGCACCUACGCUGACUUCGAUGUCCAGUUUCUGGAGGCCUGGCAGAAGGCCCUUAAUAUCAAGGCCAGCGAGAAAAUAGCCAAUCCCAGCAAACUCCGCGUGGAUCUGCGCCUAUUCGCCGAGCUUGUCAGCUCUGGUGUUAUUCAAAUGAAACCUGGAUUGGCUCAACUGGGCGUAGUUCUGGUGCACCUGAUUGCACAGGAUAAAGACGACCAUAGCAAUUUCUCUAUUAUCCUAUCCUUUUGCCGGCACUGCGGCGAGGAGUACGCCGGUCUGGUACCGCAAAAAAUGCAACAGUUGGCCACAAAAUACGGAGUGGAGGUGCCAAAAUCCGACUUUCUAACCGCCGAUAAGCAACUUAACCUGCGCACUAUGCUCAAAGGCUACUUUAAGGCCCUAUGCAAGCAUGUCUUGGCCGAGCAGACCGAACUGAUGAACAUGACCAAGAACAUCCGACGGACCAUGGAGUGCAAGGGAGAGAUUUCUACGGAGAAGCGAGAGAAAUGUGAGCUGAUGCAGGCCGGAUUUGAUAAGCUGUUGGCCUCCGCCCAAUCGCUAUCGGAACUUCUGGGAGAACCAUUGCCCGAGCUGGCGAAGGAGUCCGAGUGCUGCAAUCCAGGCACGGUCAUCGACAACAUGCUAGACAGCGCUGCAUUCGGGGUGCUCGAUCCCUGGGGCGAUGAAGAGACUCGCUCUUUCUACACAGACCUUCCCGAUUUGCGACAGUUCUUGCCAAAUUUUUCGGCACCCAAAGUCGAUUUGGAAACGUUAGAAGAGCCCAGUGAACUUACUGAAGAGGCUAUUGAAGCCAACUUAGAUGCAGAAAUGGAUCUGGAUGAUCCUCCGUCCACCACUUCGGAUACGGCGCUGGAUAAUGCCAACGAAGAGCAGCCGACCACGCCACUUGCCCCUUCAGAGGAUGUAAAGCCACAGAAAAUGGGCAGCGCUUUGAUGGAACUAGGCCGCCAGCAGCAGCAGCAAAGCCAGCUAACCCAGAAUUCCAGCCACACCCAAACUCAGAUGCGUCAGCAGUUUGAUGGUUUUUUGGUCAACCUAUUUAACUGUGUAAACAAAGAACUAAUCGAUUCGGCGGCAAUCGAGUUCCUGCUGAACUUCAACACCAAACAUCAGCGCAAAAAGCUAACAAGGACCAUAUUUUCAGUUCAACGAACUCGUCUGGAUAUCCUGCCCUAUCUCUCGCGUUUUGUCGCUAUUAUUCAUCUGUGCAAUACGGAUGUGGCCGCCGAUUUAGCGGAACUGCUGCGAAAGGAGUUCAAAUGGCAUAUCCGCAAGAAAAACCAGCUGAACAUUGAAUCCAAACUGAAGAUCGUCCGUUUCAUUGGCGAAUUGGUGAAGUUUGGUUUGUUCAAGAAAUUCGAUGCCUUAGGAUGUCUGAAAAUGCUGCUAAGGGAUUUUCAGCAUCACCAAAUCGAGAUGGCCUGUGCCUUUGUGGAGGUCAGCGGUGUGUAUCUAUAUAACUGCAGGGAUGCCCGGUUGUUGAUGAAUGUGUUUCUGGACCAGAUGCUGCGCUUGAAGACUGCCACGGCAAUGGAUUCGCGUCAUUCAGCGCAGAUUGAGAGCGUCUACUAUCUGGUGAAGCCGCCAGAAUCGUCCAAGCAGGAGCCCAUGGUUCGUCCUCCUAUGCAUGAGUACAUCCGUCACCUGAUUUUCGAGGAACUAUGCAAACAGAACGUGGAGCGCUGUAUCAAAAUGCUGCGCCGCAUCAACUGGUUGGAUCCAGAGACGAAUUGUUAUGCUAUAAAGUGCCUCAGCAAGGCGUACCUACUGCGCUUCCCGCUCGUCCGGUGUUUGGCCGAUCUCGUCUCCGGGCUGAGUUCCUAUCAGCCUCGGGCGGUUACUAUCGUGAUCGAUAAUGUAUUCGAGGAUAUACGCGCGGGACUGGAAAUCCAUUCGCCACGCAUGGCCCAGCGGCGCAUAGCAAUGGCAAAGUAUUUGGGCGAAAUGUACAACUAUAAACUGGUGGAAUCCAAUCACAUUCUCAACACGCUCUACUCCAUUAUCUCGCUGGGAGUGUCUAUGGACCAGAGUGUCGUCUCGCCGCUAGAUCCGCCGGACAGCCUAUUCCGUCUGAAACUGGCCUGCAUGCUACUUGAUACGUGUGGACCAUACUUCACCAGCCAGGCCACACGAAAAAAAUUAGACUACUUCCUAGUUUUCUUCCAGCACUACUAUUGGUUCAAGAAAUCCCAUCCAGUGUUUAGCAAGUCGGGUAACACCUCUGACUUGUUUCCUAUCCUGGUGGAUCACACCUACCGCGACUGCUUAGCCGGUGUGCGACCCAAGCUUAAGUUGUAUAAGAGCCUAGAACAGGCCAAGGCGGCAAUUGAUCAGCUCCAGGAAAAACUAUACCCACAGCUUAAGGCCAACAAUUCUCAGGAUCCAUCCUUAGCCACAAUCAGUGAAAUUAGUGAGCUAGACGGUGUGACUGAUGAGGACUCGGGAUCCUCGAAUGAUCAGAGAGAGCGACAAGUCGCCGGCCAGGAGCCGGAGCAAAGCAAUGACUGGACAGAGAACGAGACGGAGCCACCCCGGACUCCCCCACCACCGGAAAAAUCUAAGGAGGAUCUAGAAUUUGAACAUUUGUACGAUAAAAUGACAACGGACUCGUACCAGGAGCGUUUAAAGGACCCGUUCAAGACUACGACCAAGGACAUACCGGUGCCGAUGAUGGCGCGUCUGCAAAAGAAGUCUUACGAACAGAUUACAGGGGCUCAGGCCUCUGGUAAUUGCAACACCAAUGCGACACAAACCUCAAAGGCGGCCAGUAAUCAGGACGGAACGCCUGGAUCCCCAAGCAUAGAUCCGCCAGAUAACAACGGCAAAUCAUCAGGGGAUGCUGCUGCAGCUGUGCCCUUUGUGCUAAUGGUGCGCGGCAACAAGGGCGGCAAGCAACAAUUUAAGUCGUUCGUCGCACCAUCGGAUUCACAUUUAGCCAUCAAUCUGAAACUGCAGGAGGAAAAGAUUCGCGAGGAGAAGGAGAAGGUAAAACGCCUUACACUUAAUAUAACUGAACGGAUCGAGGAGGAAGACUACCAGGAGUCCCUGCUCCCACCGCAGCAACGCAACUUCACCCAAUGCUAUUACCAGAAGCCGAACAAGCACAAGUUCAAGCACCAAAAGGGAGCGCCCGAUGCGGAUCUCAUCUUCCACUGAGACGCUCCCCCGCUCCCGGAGUCGAAAAAAAGCCGAGGCCGGUGAGUGUGGGAGCUAGUGCUAUCCGUAUUGUAGCACUUGUGUAUGUUUCCAAGCCUUCUGGCUGGCGCAUUGAUAACACGGCUGCUCUGUUGCUGCCGCCAAUCGACUGCGAUUGUUUACCACGGAAUCGAGAGAAUGAGAAAAGGAGAGCACCGCUCCAAGAGCCGUCCACUCUCCCCAACCCAUAUUGUCGGGAAGCUACGGACGAUUUCCGAUCCACAAGAGCCACAUCAACCUCAAGCCGUACUUAAGCCAACCAAUUGAAAAACUAGCACUUUGCCUUCACACAUUCAAUCGCAGUCAUGGCAGCUCAAGCCAACCAAAAUUGGCACCGGGGUCCACGUCCUCGAUAUCAUCUAUCGUGUACAUAAAUUUGCUGCUCCCCCGAUUCUUAUUCGUAUACCUUAACAUAACAUAGUUCGUAAAAAUGCCUAGACUUGUUUCGAAAACAGACCCCAAUUGAAUAACGCAACACGUAUACAACGAUAUAUACAGAAUGUUAUAGAAUGUUAUAUACACACUCAUCCGAUAUUUUCAUCCGAUGUUCGCUGUUCCGUUGACAUUUUUGAAUCAAAUGCAGAAUACAGCCUGAAAGUGAAUUUGUCUCCUCUUUGGGGUGGAAAAACAGUUGGAUGAGCAAAUGGAAAAAAAGAGUUAAAAUACUCUAAGGGACAUCAUACGUAUUCCCUCCAGUAAGUCUUGAACUGUAUUUAGUUGAUUUUCGGUGUAUUCAGUGUUUUAAUCAUUUAACUUCCAAUACUCUUUAUAAUGCCUAUGUACUUUGCCUGAGUUUUUGUAUCGGUUCUUCAUUUAAUCAAUUUUUUUAUUUAAAGAUAGAAUUUCCAAUUAAUAAAAUUCCCAAAUUUGUUCAUUAUUUAUUUCAUGGUUUUUAAAAAUUUAUUUUACUAAAAUUAGCGUCAAACAAUUUAAUUUUCUUUUAUUUGUAUAUUGCUAGUGUUGCCACUACAUUUUGUAUUGGUUUCUUCAAUAAAAUCACUCAAAAUAUUUCUUUAUACAAAACUGUUUUGUUUUGGUUUUGUAUUACUUUAAAUGUUAAUCAGUAAUCAGUACAAAUGGCAAAAAUAUAUAUAUUUAUAUAGUAGUAUUAAUUUACUAUUAAUGAUCGAAAUUCAAUAAAACAAAACACACACAAGAGACUAUAA